AUGCCGUCUGUGGCGCUGCUUCGCCACUUCUUCUACCUCCGGAACAAGGACGGCCACUGCUCGGGGUGUGCCAACUUCAUCGCGGUCACCGGGACCAACGCGAUCUCGAAGGCUGGGAAUAAGGCCGAGAGCUUCAGGAGCAAGUGGGUCCUUAUGGACGCCAAGUGCUCCCACCCUCGGUUGGUGAUGCCGAUGGAGAUGCCUACGCCUCACGACGGGUGGUUCCGCGCGAGGCUCACCGACCCCCGAGCGGAGCAGGUGCUGGAUAAGAUGACCGCCGACCUGAAGCCCGACGACCCGAAGGCGGCGAAGCUGAUGGGGGCCAUGAUCGUCAAGGAAUUCCUGGCGCAGCACGUAGCUCCACUCCAGGCGCGCUCGCGCCCCUUGUGGAAGCUUGCUAACGAGAAGAACAACCUCCGUCUGCGUCGGGAUGCCUUGUCGGACGAGGAGUUGGGCACGGCUCUCCGCCUCUUGGUUGGGGACGAUCAGGGGCCGACGUCGGCGGCGAAGAAGAAGAAAGAGGGAGCGCCUACGCCUUCUGCGGCCCAGCAGCCUGCCGCAGCCACGCCACCUCCGGCGCGGAAGGGUGGUGACGGCGCCGAUGCUUCUCCAUCCCGGUCUUCCUCGCGAGGCCCGGUUGACGGGUCUCAGGAGAAGGCGACCUCUACCGCCAAGUCAGCUCCGGGGGCACCUGCCCCCAGUUCGCCCGUCGAUGUUUCAAUGGUUAAGGAGCCCCCAGCUUCUUCUUCUUCUUCCGUCGCCAGCGCGCAGGUCGCGGCGGUCACGUUGCCUCCUCCUCCGCCCAUCUCCCUGCUAGCUCGUGAUCCUUCUGCUUCGCCCGAUUCUUUAGAGAAGGCUCUUUCUGCGCUGACCCGACUACGGGAUGAUCUUCAAGGCGCUGACCAUCGCCUGGAGCUGAUCUCGGGUUGGCUGCACUCCGACGCGUCUGUCAGGGAGGCAUUAGGCUAA